GUACUCUUUCUCCUUAACACCGGACCCGAGUUAGUCUCGUUCAACCAGACGCUUGAUCACUUGUAAUUCAAGCGAAGGCAACAAGAGUCUGAUUGAACGAGACUAACUUUCGGGUCGAGUUAGCAACUUUCGCGUAGGAAUAUUUUACGACAUUCAAUAUAAGAUAAUUUCGUUCUGUAUGGAACAGAAUAAAAAUAUGCCAACAUGUGAAUGCAAUUAUUCAGGUUUUUGUUACAAAAUAUUUCAUCAAUCCGUUUGCUCUUGCCUGUAUAUAUAUAGAAUACUUUCUUUUUCUAACGCGACAAAUAAAUGACCAGUUUCUGGCAUUUCAAAAAAUCUGGAAACACGUGAGACGGGGAGCCCUGUCAGCUGGCUGUCGAUGAUUUCGAUGCAUGCAUGAUGCAUUAUACUCAGUAGUUUGAUUCGGACAUGGAAACAGGUGCUGUUCGCCAAUCCUUUGGUAGUGCUGAUAGAUUAGUUUUAUAUACUACAAGAUAAUGUUAUGAUGCAAUAAACAAUCUGACAGUAAUGCUGGUUUCCAAACUUUGAAGGACACGGGGAAAGUUAUUCAUCGCAAAAGGCAUAAUAGACGUAUUCAGUGAGAAGAUGUCAUCAGUUUUGAACAAGCUGUUUACCAGGUAUCUGUUUGUAACAAACACUCUGGCGACAGGCGGGUUAUUGGCUUUAGGGGACUGCAUUACACAGACGAUGGAGAAGGCCUAUGCCAGGCGGGAGAGUGGAGAUCUGGAUAAAAAGGUGCCCAUGACCAACCACAACUGGGGAAGGACGGGGAGAAUGUUCACCAUUGGAGUGAUGGUAGGCCCGUUCAACCACCUGUGGUACACUAAGAUAAUUGACAAGAUUGUGAAAACUGGAGGAGUACAGGGAACAGUGAAGCGAAUCCUGGCUGAUCAGGCUUUCGCUGGACCAUUCUUUUGUUUCUCAUUCUUCUUUGGUAUGGGGAUGUUGGAGGGCCGUGGUGUUGAUGGGGCACUGCAAGAGGUCAAGGACAAGUUCCUUACUGUUUAUGUGAUUGACUGGUUUGUGUGGCCUCCAGCCCAGUUUAUCAACUUCUACUACCUCCCCGUAAAGCUUCGAGUGGUGUAUGUGUCCUUUCUGACUUUGAUCUGGAAUACGUUCUUGUCCUGGUACAAACACAGGGAGAUAUCACAUCAGCAUGAAGAAUGACCCUGGUGACUGGACGAGGGGCUACUACGUGUUGAGCGUCUAGCUUAGCCACUAUUGUAAAAGUUCUCUUUUUGAAUGCGAGGUCUAGACCAGGUCAGGGUAGUAUUGUCUGUGAUAGGUCUAUCUUUACAGCGAGGUCUAGACUAGGUCAGGGUAGUAUUGUCUGUGAUAGGUCUAUCUUUACAGUGAGGACUAGACCAGGUCAGGGUAGUAUUGUCUGUGAUAGGUCUAUCUUUACAGCGAGACCUUGGCCAGACUGGUAUUACGUAUAUCAGUAGUGUUUUUGUGUGUGACGUUCAAAUUUUUAACCCAAAUUACUUUUUCGGAAAAUAUUGUGUGUCAAACUCGAUUUUGAAGAAAUGAUGAAAAAGAAAAGAAAAAGUAGGUAUUUAUUCAGAAAAGAAAAAGUAGGUAUUUAUUUACUUACUAUGACUAUAUACAUUCUUAUGGGUGUGCACUAUAAUAUACACUGUAGUACGUACAGGUCUAUGUGGUCACGAUACAAUGUUGGUAGCGUCUUUAUGUAAGUAACUCUUGAGUGUUCCAGUCUAACCAGCUGUAUAAAUUUGUACCAGCAAACUGGGAAGUUGUUCUGCAGGAUACUGGCUUCUUCCAGGAGAGAUUUAUUCAUUCUGUCAUUUUCAUGUCAUUGAGGUUAUGACAGAUGUUUAAAUUUUAUAACAGUUGAGAUAUGGUGCUAGCAUCAAAGAGCUGUUCUCAGUGCUUGCUGAUAAUAGUUGUAAACUAUAUAUGCAUUCCCCUUGAGAUUUAUUUUUAUUUGUUAUAAUUCAUUCACAAAAUUUAAUUUCCUAAUGAGUACUACCGGUAUAUAAUCAUGGCUCUGGUAUCAAAUGAAUUAAGACUGCAUGAAAUAGGUUUAAGUGACUGAAAAACCAUGAGUUAAUUGAUUUAUAUAAUGUUAUGCAAAAAUAUAUGAUGAAACGAAUACAUGAAUUGUGCAAAACUCUCAAUAAGGAUGGCAAAUGUACUGUAAGUAACCUGUAAUCUACUAUGUGUUUUCUGCAUUUCUUAAAAGAAUGGACAUGCAUGAUAUUAGCUCAUGGUUCUCUAUCUGCUAACACUGCUUUCUUAGCUAUCGUUGUCACGUAAAUAAAACAGUGGAAGGGAGGGCUUGGCAUUGUAAAGAGUUGGUUUUCAUGUAUUUAGUACUGCACACAUUUAUUCAUGAGUGAGGACAAGAUUGCCUUAUGUUUGCCAAUUGUCCAUAUAAGACAUUUGGGCCCGUAUUCAUGAAACCGCUCUCAUGCUCAAGCAUGGAUUUUUGUAACUCGGUUAAAUCUUGUCAAACGAU